AUACACAGUGCCAUUCCAAAGAACCAUUGCUCACAGCUGUGCUAAACUAUAAACGCUAUGCUUAACGAUAGAUAGUGUUUAAGGGUUUUCAAGCUCUGUGUUAUUUAUAUUUAACGACGUAACGCUAUUAAUCGUGUCUCUCUACCGUAAGAGCUUAACGCUAGAGUAGAGAUAAUCGUACGAGAAAUCGGAUGAGAAAUCAGCCGCGUUUGUACAUAAAGCCUGAGAUUCAUUAAUGCGAGCAAGCAAAUUGUGAUUCAAAUUGAUUAGAGAUGUUACCAAAGGGAGAUUGAACCAAUUUUCUACGCAAAGCUUUAGAUUCGGAGAGAAGAAUAUGACCAAAGGUGUAAAGGCAAAUCUGCAUUGGUAGCGAACUUUCUCAGUGACGCUUCGCUAUGUCUUGAGCAAUUUAGAAAAGGAGGAAGAAAAGUUUAUUUUGACAUUUACUACGAGCGGUAUAUUAUCGCAUGCUAAACAUGGCGAGAAAAAGUGACAAUGCGAAGAGCAUCAAUAUCGCGGUGGUUGGGCUUUCCGGCACGGAGAAGGACAAGGGACAGGUCGGCGUUGGCAAGUCGUGCCUGUGCAAUCGUUUCAUGCGCUCCAUGAGCGAUGACUACAACGUGGAGCAUAUCUCGGUGUUGUCGCAGUCCGACUUCAGCGGACGUGUGGUGAACAAUGACCACUUUUUGUAUUGGGGCGAAGUGAUUAAAACGGCGGAGGAUGGGACGGAGUUUCAGUUUCAAGUUAUAGAGCACACGGAAUUUAUAGACGACGCGUCGUUUCAGCCGUUCAAGGGUGGCAAAAUGGAACCGUAUGCGAAAAGAUGCGCCGCUACGAAGAUCACGAGCGCGGAGAAGCUUAUGUACAUCUGUAAAAAUCAAUUGGGCAUAGAGAAGGAGUAUGAGCAAAAGGUUUUACCUGACGGUAAAUUGAACAUCGACGGAUUUCUGUGCGUGUUUGAUGUGAGCCUCGUGCCGAAUAGGGCAAUCGAGAAGCAAGUUGAGAUUGUGGCGAAUAUCCUGAAUAAUUUGAUGAAGACAAAGAAGCCGAUAGUGCUAGUAACGACCAAGAACGACGACGCGAACGAGCAGUUUGUUAAGGAAGCCGAGAAACUGAUUAUGCGCAAGGAAUACAAGGGAUCAAUCCUGAUUGUCGAGACCUCGGCCCACGAGAACAUCAACGUGGAUCUGGCGUUCAUGAUUCUGGCACAAUUGAUCGAUAAGACAAAGAUGCGUAGCAAAGUGGUACCGUUCGCUGAGGCGGGCAGAUCCAGGAAGGAGCUUUUGGAUUCGUCGACGGAAUCGUUGCAGAGAUUAAUCCGGAUACAUGUGACCGAUUAUCGUACCUUAUGGUCGCAGGCCUCCAAAAAACUUGCGCAACUCAAAGAGUUCUCCACUUUCGUCGAGUUAUUCGGUAUCGAAGCGACGCAGAGAUUGUUUAGAAGGCAUAUUAAAAAACUGAAGGACGAACAGAUAGCGAAAAAAAUACAGGGCUAUCUGGACAUGUUGCCGGAUAUACUUCACGAAAUCUGUCCGGAUAUAUCGAAUUUAAUUAACGAAGAAUGGUCAGCAGUACAACAAUACAUAAAGGCACAUCCCGACUUUGAUCAGUAUUUUUACGAAUGCCCCGAAGAUAUACCAUGGAUCGAUUGUGAUUUCGGGGAGAACAAUGGCACGAAAAUUCCGUACGACGUACUGGAAACUCCUGAGGCAGAAACCGUAUUCAAAAAUCAUAUAAAUGCUUUACAGCAGGAGCAACGGCGACUAGAACUUCCAAAAAGGUGGAAAAAACAAUUUAAGCAAUUGUUGGAAGAAACUGGCUAUGUUACGCCUGGGAAACAUUUGUCUGAAGUUAGAGUUUUAUUUAUGGGGAGGGAUUGUUUUGAGGAGCUUUCUCAUCACGAUUGUCAAGAAAUUUAUGAUCAGCAUCAGAAGGAAAUUAUUGAAAAGGCAAAACACAAUUUUCAAGAAUUAUUAUUGGAACACGCUGAUCUAUUUUAUCACUUCAAAAGUAUAGCUCCAUCUGGAACUAUUACGCAGGAUGAUAUAAAAGAAAUUACAGAUGCAUUAUUGGAUGAUUUUAGAUACAAAGCAUUAGAUAGAUUAGAUCAAGAUAGAAAGUUAAUGUUGUUUCAACAUUUGGGAUUCGUACAUUGUCCUAUAAGAGAACAUUGCCCCGCUUAUCCAAAUUGCAUGGAUGCACUUAUAGAAAGAAUACUCGGAACGAAAGCUCACAGACCUUCCUCAUGGAAUCACAGUAGCCAGUGGCAGUUAACGUCGGACAACAAUCAGUUAAAUUUAGUUAUACUCGGAAGUAACGGGCUAAGCGAAGAGUUUGCUCGCGAAAUAAGGGCACAAACGGACGAUGAUGAAGUAGAGAUAGAUUGCCAGCUGUACACUCUUGGAUAUCGUAUCAUAGACGGCGAUGUCGGGCUGCCGCAUAAUUCUUUCACUACCUCCGAUUUUAUGCCGCAUGGAUCUUUUUGUAUCUAUUCGAAUGAAGAUUCAUUUGAAUACAUUCGAUCUUCUUUAGAGAAAACCUUGUUAUCAAAUCUAGAGCAAGAAGACAGGCUACCAUUUCAAGGAUUGCCCAUUGUAAUAAUGUUUAUACCAGAAGCCAGUAUUGAUGAAAUGGAGGCCAUGAAACUUAGAGAAGAGGGACAAAAUCUCGCUGACAGUUUGCAAUGUCCGUUUAUUGAUGUCUGCAUUGACGAUCUGGAACAGGAGAAACAUAAAAGGUUUCCGACUUCACUGGUAAAAGACGCUUUGCAGCAAUUGAUACAAUCCAUAAAUCAUAGAGCUGGUUUUUUAAACAUAUAUCAAAGUGUUAUCGAAUGUCUGGAGCCUGACAUUAGGAUAAUAAUGUGUAUGUUCUGCGGCGAUCCUUAUUCGGUUGAAAAUGUUCUCGGUCCUUUACUCAAUCAUCAAUGUUGCUUUCUCAGCGGAGAUAGAUCUAUAGUUUUGGAAACGUUUUUGGGAGAAUGUAAACGUCGAGUUGAAGUCAUUAUCUCGAGUUUUCACGGAGCCAAUGCGUUCAGAGAUGAAUUAGUGCACGGUUUUAUACUUGUCUAUUCUACAAAGAGGAAAGCCUCUCUCGCAACUUUAAAUGCCUUUUCCACUAACAUACCAAAUCUACCAAUACAAAUAAUGGCUGUGACCGAUACUGGCGGCGCGAAUGCUUUCUUCAGUAACGACUUAAGUCAUCUACUUAUCACAGAGGGAAACGCGAUUGCAGAUAAAUUAGAGGCACAUUUUAUGACAUCCGCAUCCAGCUGUCAACAAAAAACUGCGUUUUACACGCCCUUCUUCAAAGUGGUAUGGGAAAAGAAACCUGAAAUCGAGCAGGCAUUUAAUAUGGAGGAGCCGGGGAAUUUGAACGAUAGCGGAGAAGGCACUCUGGAAUAUUCGGCUUUACAUCCGAUGCCGCCACCGCGGCACGAGAGCUAUCACCUUCAGACACCGGAUGACGGUAUGUCUGUAACUUUUAGAAGCGGCUCCGAGUCGUAUGAACAGUUGACACCCGACGGUGAUCUAGGUGACACUGGUUUGACUGAACAAUUUGCCGAUCACAGGGCCACACCAAGCGACGACAGUGACAUUUACAGCCAGGUUGAUUUCUAUCGGGAGGAGAGGGAAAGAGAUCUAAUGAAAAAUGAAGAUAUCACAAAUAAAUUAUCUGGUUGGGUAAAGGACACGUUCAUGCAUCAAGACGGAGUUAACAGUUACUCGCACAGAGCCUUUACGACGGGUCGACGAUAUAUCUCCCAGAUUAAGCCACGACCAAAAGGCAGCAGUCAGACUCUGAAACAGCCCGGGAAAAUCAAUCUGAAAGAUUUUUCCAAUGUAACAGACGUGAUAUCUAGAAUGACGAUUGGCGAGAAGGAUGAGCAUGGUCCGAAAAUGACAAUGGGUCACGCUCCUCUCGCUACUCCGGAACUGGUGGAUCUUGGCUCCGAGUACGCACAGGUGAAGGAUGUCGUUCCGAACAUGUAUUCGGCCUACGACGGCGAUUAUAUGUACGCCUUGGUGCAAGAUUCUAUCGGCAAUAACAAAUCCAAGUUGCGCCACCGACGCGAAAAGGGACAGCCAUCAUACAGCGAUUCUGACUCGGAGUGGAGUUCCUUGGAGAGACAAAGGGCGACGGACGCCCUGAUUAAGGGGAAUAAGAAGUGUUCGUCACACAAACGAAUACGCAAGAAACGUACGGCGAUACCGGUCGCGACACCAAAAGUGCCGUCAUUGGCCAGCAUGGGUAGCGGUGACGGUAUUGUCGGUCUAAACUACAAUAUGAAGGAUGAUAAGAAUUGGCGUGUUGAUCCUGCGGAAAGAGUAUCUAGCGAAACGCCCGAUACUUCCGAAUCAAGCGAUCCGGAACACACCUCGAGGUCCAGAUCGAAACAAUAUAAAUAUGCCGCGGCUAGUUUGCGGAAAAGAUUUUCCGGAAAUUCUCUGCAACAGCAAUACUUACAACACCCGUUUAAUAUGAAACAUAUGACGCAGGAGAUGUUCAGCGCCUCCUCCAAGCAAAGGAGUGAAAAUACGUUUGGCAUUCCAGAUGAUGAAUCAAGUCUAGAUGUCUCUUCGCCUCGUGAAAUUAAUUCUCCUAGUUUUGGUAUAUUAAAUAAAUCGAAGGACAGCGACAAGUUAACCAGGAAAAAAGACAAGCAAAAAGCAAAGGAAGACGAAAAGUUGGAAAAAAGAAGACAAAAAGAGGAGAAACUUAAGAAACAUGCAGAGAAAGAAAAAGAGAGGGAAAAGAAGAAACAAGAAAAAAUAAAACAGACCAAAGGCCCCGGAGGAACACCGAUCUCUGGUCAAUCGCAGCAACCCUUGAUUGAGGAUUUUGCACAGAGCGAUACGAAUCGGAUACCUUUAUUCCUUGAGAAAUGCGUGCGAUUUAUCGAGGACGAGGGAUUAGAUUCGGAAGGAAUAUACAGAGUACCCGGUAAUCGUGCGCAUGUGGAAUUGCUGUUCCAAAAAUUCGAAGAAGAUGGUAAUGUCGACAUACAUUCUUUGGACAUUCCUGUAAAUGCUGUUGCUACAGCCCUGAAAGACUUCUUUUCCAAGAGACUACCACCGCUUAUUGACAAAGAACGUAUGAGCGAAUUGGAAGAUAUAUCAGGUGCACGAGGUAUUAGCAAACCUAUGUCGGCUACUUGUAUGAACAUGGAAGAUCGAAGUGGGAGAUUGUUAGCUCUUCGUCUGAUGCUCAACAAAUUAAAUCCUGUAAACUUUGAUGUUCUUAAAUUUGUAUUCCAGCACUUCGUGAAAGUUGCGGAGAAUUGUAAACUCAACAGUAUGGAUAGUAAGAACUUGGCGAUUUGCUGGUGGCCUACGUUACUACCGAUCGAAUUUAACGACCUUGGCAGAUUCGAGGCUAUGAGGCCAUACCUGGAGGACGUAGUCCAGACGAUGAUCGAUCAGUAUCCUUUCCUGUUUUGUGGCGAGGAUGCCGUUGUGAUGGUGUAGUGACGAAACGUGUCACCUAACCGUGCAGUGCAUAGUUCUCAACGUCUGUGCGAUAUGACUGCAGUAUUUCUUGUGAACAACGGUGAUGGAAGUGGUGCGUCCGACCGAGACCUCGCGAUAGUGCGCCUGCCUCACAAAGUGAUCCAAUAUGAUUUUUUUAUACGUUAUCGAUACAGUUUAUACGAUAUGAUACAGACGUAAAUGUUUGGUCUCAACAUAUAGUUUGUAUUAAUAACUAAACUUCGCUCUUUGGCGCACUCGUAAAAUACAACUGAUACAAGUCCCACGUAGGCACAACGUGGACGAGCAAAGUCUCUAUUUAAGUUUAGUCAUUUGCGUUCGUUUCAUUUUCGGAGUGUGUGACAAGCAAAAGAUUUCCCCUUGUGGAAUUCGAUUGAUCGAAUGGUCCUAAGAUGGUGGUUGUCCGCGUGGCGCGGAUCAGAUAAUAAUGCAAGCAUAAUAAGAGUCAAUCCAUGUGUCAUAACAGUAUGCAUGUCUCAUGUUGGAUGUAUUCAGAGCGAUGUAUUUAUUGAUAUUGUAUUAGGGAUAUAUGACUCGAUAUUUGAUAAUAGUGAUUAGCUUUACAUAGUUGUUAAGAAAGUAAGAUCGAUGUUGCUUUCUUUAUUCGCUUCUUUUCGCUCCGUCUUUCCGUUCUCUUUCUUCGUGUCUUCUUGUCCACAUUGCCAAGAACGAAAGUGCUGAGCGCAAAGUGACGACAUUGAUAUAGUCUCGUUGAAGAGACUGUUAUUAGUAUUUAAAAGAGGGUAUGUCCAGCCCACAUUUACGAAAGAUUUAUUAUGAAACGUAUAUAAAAUGAGAUUUAUCGUCGAAUAAUAUCUAUAUAUAGAUACAUAAUAUCUAUAUAUAAAUAUAUAUCUCACAUAGCAACGAUAUCAAAAAUGCCAGAAUUUUUAGCGUGUUUCCUUUUUUAGCCAAUGCACAAAUCGCCCCUCAGGUGUAUUUACUUUUGCAUUCUAUCGAUGUAGAUUAUCGUGCAAGAAUUUUUAAAUAGUUUUUAUCGUGUUAUUACGGCCAAGCGAACUCAAACGACGAUACAAUCCCUAUAUUCAUUCCGUCUGAAAAAGAUAAAGUAAAAAUGAAAAAAAAGAAACACGAAAAGCGUUACAUGUAAUUGCACAAUGUCUUGACAAAUAGCGAUAACGUGCGUAUGCGAAAAAGAAAACGAUAGGAUAGAGAUAAAAGGGGAAAACGUUUUGACAAAAGUUUCGCACACGCUACAUACACAGACAUACAUGGAAUCGAAAUAACUUAAGACAUAUUUAGAACUACGAACGCGAAUAUUAAGAUUUCUUAAAGCGGAUAUGUACAUAGAAUUUUACGACUUAAGAUAUAUACACAAAGUUCAUAAGACGUGAAACGCUAAAUUUAGGGAUUCUUUUGUUUCCGAGAGUAAAAGAAGUUCCGAUCAAGUAACUGAUGAUGUUUCGUCGUUCGUAUCUUCGCAAAAAAAAAUAAAAUACAGGAAAUAUUUAUUAUCACGCCAUCGUUGCGCAUAAAAGAUCCAGGCUUAGCAAUUCAGGUGAGAAAAGAGAAUUGUACCAUCUAACUUUUUACAUUUUAUCAAAAACGCGCAUUCGAAUACGUUAAUUUUUUUUCGCCGUUUGCUUUAAAUUCGCGCAAAUCCGCGGAUUUAGCGUAUCAUUUUCAAUAAGUGUGCCAUAACUUAAACUCGAUGUUAACGAUCGUAAUGACAGAUGUAUGCCUUUCGGCGGCUCAACAUUCGAAAGUAAGCAUGUUGUUUAAGCGCCGACCGCGCGCGAGCGUUCGCGAUCGCGGUGUAUUGCCGACAGAUACUUAAAUAUCGCCUCUGAAUGUUGGAGCCAUUAUGAAUAAGGGAAAAAAAGGAAGUAACAACAGUACACACACGCAUACGCACACAUGUACACGUAUACGUACACUUUUGUAAUCCGAGGAUUAAUCGCAAACAUUCCCGUAAGGAACGUCGAUGUUACUUUAUAGUCUCGCGAGAGACGCGUUUUAAUUGAACCGAGUCCGUGAAUUCAGAAAGUAAAGUUCGUGAAUGAAAUCUCGAGUCGAAAAAAGAGAUAUCUCUUAUUUAAUACGCACAUUUCUCUUGCAAAAAUCUCCCCAUAUCUUCGCAGCAAUUCACGAGCAGAGUAAUCGAUGUAUUUAAUUUCACGUUAAUACCUAAUUUAUUUUCCAAAUUCACAAAACUUUGAAGCGUUUAAAGCGUUCAAAAAUUAUUCAAAACCUUUUCCAUUAAACGUGUGGAAUGCCACCUCGCUCCGGAUUCAGGUCCUUUAUGUUGCUUUACGAUUGGCGAGUCUGCUAAAGUAAAAAAAUGGGACGCAGCUUUUGAAUCGAAUGUACGUUGCUUCUAGAGGUAACAAAGGGAGCGAAAGGAUUCUGGACUUGCCGAUCGUAAAGAACCAGAAUCUGGAGUAAGGAGGUAUUCUACAAAUUUUCUUUAAAAUUUGUAAAAUGUUGAAAAGCUUUUAUUUUAACAAAUAUUAAAGAUAUUUGGAAUUUUAUUAAAAUGUAAAUUCUUUGAGACUUUUCGCUGUAUUACCGCUCGUGUCUGCACGGUCUGAAUGGGAAAAAUGCAAAAUGUUUAUGCCAGACUGCUUGUUCACGUUAAACGGACUCGGAAAAACGCGCAUUUCGCAAAAACAGCCGCUCUGUAUUUAUAAGAAAAUCGUUGUAAUGAUAUUUCUACAAUCGACGCGUCGCAGGAACGCGCGCGACGGGAGGAAGAAGGAACGGAUCGUACAUUCCCAUUUAGUGGUAAAACAGAAGAGGAAAGGAAACAGAUUUUAUACAUUCGUACGUAUGUAAUUGUAUAAUGUUCUUAAAGUAGAUAGGGAAGGACGUCGAUGUUUCACGUGUGGGAUCUCGAACGCCGAAAGACGCCGCGCCGAAAGACCGUCGACGACUCGCGUGGAAAAAUUGUCAACGAUAACAAUGCGCGAAGUGUCGUCGAUGUAGUUGGGAAUGAUUGCUUAGAAAAUAUUUCGAUGCUCUUGUUAUCUUCUAUUUUAUAUAUUGUCCAUUUUGCAUGUAUCGAAUGGAUAAUUGAGUUGGAACCUCUAAGAAGUUUUUCCAUGCAUAAGAUUGCUUGCACCAACUCUUUCGUUGUUUAAAGAGUUAGAUCAAUGUAAAAUAGAAAUGUACUUUCAUAUGUUUUUAAUGAUACAAGUAAUAAAUUAUGAUUUUAAUUAUAUUUAGUGUAAUAAAAUUAAUAAAAUUGUAUUUAAAAUAUUUUUUUAUGUUCUCACACAGCUUGCUUGAAUAAUUUUGUGAAAAAAUGCAUUAAGAUGUUUACUCAAAAGCACUAAAUGAAAGUCUAAGUUGGCUAUCUGCUGCCUGGGCAUUCCAACGCGCUUGUAUAAAAAUAAUCUUAACUUCGUUAACUUUUUUCAAAUUUUUACACGAGCCUCAAAAUAAUCGUAAAAGUAUACGCUAUUUUUUUUAAAUUAGAGUAAUUUUUUUACUUUUUACAUUGAUCUAACCCCUUAAAAGUUGCCCAGUUAACGCUAAAUAUUUUUGAAGUAUUCAUGAAAUGUUCAUAAAGUCUAAAAUAAUAUUCCAAAAAUAUUCCAGUAUAUCCUGAAAUAUUUAUAGAAUGUGAAAGGAAUAUUCAAAUGUUAGUGAAAACAUUUAUGUUUGUAUUUUAGAUCUCCCAAGAAUAUUUAAAAAACAUAGAAUAGACGUAGAAUAAUAUUCGUAUUUUACAUAUUCGGAUGAUAUUCUAUACAUAUUCCUGAGAGAUUCUUAUAUAAUUUAUAUAUAUAUAUAUAUAUAUACACACACACACACACACAUACAUAUAACAUCUUAAAACAAGAGGAAAAAGGGGAAAUCUUAUAAUGCUGUGCUUUUCAUUCUAUCCCAUAUGAUUUAAGAAAAAUACAGUUUCGCCAUCUGGCGGCGAAAAUGUGUACUGUUCUGAACAUUUCACUAACAUUUGAAUGUGAACAUUCUAUUAUUCCAUAUUGACGAAAUACACAAUACAAACGAAACAUUUUAUGAAUGUUUAAUAUUUAACGCUAUUUGGAUAUAGUUCUGUCUUGGCGCCAAUAGAAUAUCUCUGCUCGUUAUUAGAAUGUUAUUAGAAUUCCCUUUUUGAGAUUUUAAUCUACGAAGAAUACUGUAUUUUUUAUCAUUGUAAUAUUGUAAUUUUUUAUCUGGAAUUUUCGUCAAUUUUAUUGUUGGUGCAAUUAUUAACAAUUCUACGUACAGUACAUGUUUCGUGUAAUAUUUUUCAACAAUUUGCAAUUAUUUCUUAUAAUAACUAUCAUUUGUAGCAGAAAUUUAGCUCGAACUAUAUGCUGCAAUGAUUGAAGAGAGUGCAAAAGUAGCUUAACUUAUUAUCUUGAAAAGAAUCUCCAGAUUGACGAGAGAAGAUAAUUAAAUUAAAAAUUGCAUCUAUUUGCGUACUCUUUCAUCAAUUCAAACAAAGUUAAUUCUCUCAGAUUUCUAUUUUGAAGAUAAAUAUAUUCUUCUUCAGAUCUCAAACUGAUCAAUUUUGUAUUUAAUAUUGAGUAAUAAUGUAUUUAAGUACUUAAAUACUGAAUAUUUUUAAUAAAUUAAAAGUGAACUAAGCUACUGUUGCACCGUAUCUUUCAGUUGCGGUCUGUCACUUUGUUGCAUUCUCGCAUCUACGAUGUAACGGUUAAGCAAUAACAUAGAAACGAACGUAGUAACUAAAUAUUCGAAGAAAUACUUGUCGACAGGCACGUGUAGUAGAUCGCGAAUUCCAUGUCCUUCGCGCAGCGUCAACAUCAUUAAUAUCAACAUCAGCAUCAUUAUCGUGUUGUCAUUACAAUCGUCCCUGCAUAGACCCUGCGUAUCCAUCGAGCGUCUUCUCUCCCGUGAAGCCUAAGGAGGAGAAAAAAAAAUCACUUUUCUAUGAUACGUCCGUUAAGAUUUCCGCUUGUCCUUUCUCGCUGUCCGAGGCCGGUCCGACGGUGGCUGGCCUCCCCCUGUUGAAUGUAACAGAUCCUUAAAUUAUCGUAGCCUGUGAUAAGACGUAGGCGAAAAUGGACCCCUUGUUUUCCCUUUAUUUAUAGCAUCGGCUUGAUGUACGAAUGUAUUAUAGUUGUACAGUUGCAUCGGGAUGAUGCGUGUUGUAAGCCCUCUCAUUUUUCUUGCGUUUUCGCAUUAUGCUGCCUCACCUCCUUUCUUCUUUUCCUUUUAUUUUUCGUGUCUAUCUUGCUUUAUCGCUCGUCACCGUUCUUUUGUGAGCUUCACCCGUCCUUGAAAGUCUCGUUUGUUGCCCGUAGUCUCGAAAUACCGUGCGAGCACUUCCGAAUCUACGGACGGUGAAUCGUGAAGAAAUGUAGGAAACACGCCUCUCAAUUAUGCUGGAAUCGUUAAUUCAGCAUAGUGACCAAACUUUCGUUUGAGUAAUAAAUAAGACGCGAGAUCUCAUUUUGUUUUUCUUCUUUAAAGUCGUGAAUGCGGAUCAAAGUAUUGGUGUGCUGAUUUCUUUCAGCAUGCUGAUUAACCGCAUUUUUACCGAUAUUUUAUACCUUCUUACGUUUUGCAUAAUAAAACGCAAACAUAUUUGCUACAUGAUAUUUUUGUAUUUCUUUUAUGAAGUAAUAUAUAAUUUUAUAUUUGAAUCAAUUUAAUUUCGAGUUUUAUGGGGAAUCCCUUUUUCCGGCCUUUCUCAACUCUCUCCCCCGCGGGAUCUACAUUUCUUCAUGGGAAUGUGAGCGGAACCGGCGGUGUGUGAGUGCUUGAAGUGUGAACUUGAGAGAAUUAAUACUCGAGAUUUGAUAACGAUAGCCUGUUAACCGCGAACUAAUAAUGAGACUCGUCGAUGAAAAAAAAGUUGAUAAGUAAAAUAAGUCAAUCCCUUUUUCUAAUCAAUAGGAGAGCGAUCGAGAUCGGAUCUACGGUUUUAUAAGAAUCUUUGAUAAAUAUUGGAUCGAGAAUAGCUAAUAAUUAAAAUAAUAAUAGUAAUAACAUUUAAUAGCCGUUUGUAUCGAAGGUGGCUAACGAAUAUUGACCAAGAUAGGACUGCUAAUUUCUACUUCGCUGAAAUCUCUUCAACCGCCUUCAGUUUCGCGCACUGAAGAUUAUGGCAUUUCGGAUCUGUUCUCUUUAUCUGCGUCUCCUAUUCCCUUUCUCCUCUCUCUUUUCACCCCUCAUUCUUUCCUUUCGUCUCUUCGAUAUAUUAACCCUGGAAUGCUACUCGUGUUUUUCUUCAUUACUGUGAACGAAGAUUUCUCCACGUAAUUAAGAAUUUUUUAAUAUUUUUUUUUAUGUUAGUGUCUAAUGUCUUGCAACCUUGUUGCAAGGUGUUAGAUUAACUGAACCAAUAUUACUUUUGUGUAAAAAAAUUAUUGAAUUGUCAAAAUUUCAAGAGUACAUAAUUGCGAAAUUUAUAUUAAUACUUGGGUGAAAAUUUACCCACAGUAGCAUUCCGCUCACAGAUAACAAAUAUAUAUUUAUUUCGUUUCUCUCGUUGUGUGCGCAGUCGAAAAGAACAGAUCUCCGGUUUCUCGAGGCUUGACCUAAGCAAAUGCGUAACAAAUGUACGUGCGAAAUGUUGGAGAACGAGGAGUGCCGUGUCGCAGUGCUGCUCGCAAAGUCUCGAAGCCGAAACCCGCGUCCAAAACGUCUCGCCGACGACGCUGAAAGAUUUAGUGAAUUUAGUCGAUUCCUUGAUUUCGGGAAACUUUUCGCAAGCGUGAUAGCCCUUCCCCUCUUCCUCACUCUAUUCCUCCCCUGCCCGCCCCUCGCCUCUUUCCCUCACGAAUACGUUUCCACCUUUCCUAAAUUAUCGCGUUUAUAAAUGUCGUCAUUUAUAUACAUGUAACGAUUUUUGUAAAUAAUCGGUAUACAUAUAUAAAUAUAAUUAUAUAUAUAAAUAUAAAUAAAUAAAUAUAUUAUAUAUAUAAAUUAUAUAUAUAUGAACGCAACGUGUAAAUGGACGGAACCUGUCUUCGUUGUAUCGAUAGUCUUAUAUCAGACUUGUAUAUGAACGGAGGGACUUUUGAUUAUUAAAAGUUUCCUAGAGUAAAAAAAA